AUGUUCAAGUUGCAGAGGCAAAACAACAACAAGCCAACCAAAUCAAGAGAGAGGAUUGAUUUCAAAUUCUCCAAUUUCCAAGCCCUUAAGGUACCAAAAGGAUGGGACAGGCUUUUUGUCUCUUUAAUUUCUGUAGAAACGGGGAAAACAGUCGGUAAAUUAGGCAAAGCACUUGUGCAAAAUGGCACUUGCCAAUGGACGGAGACUCUCUUGGAAUCUAUAUGGCUUUCACGCAGUGAUUCUUUGAGAGAAUAUGAAGAAUGCCUUUUCAAGCUUGCUGUAUCCACGGGCUCAGCUAGAUCUGGCAACCUUGGAGAGGCAACUAUCAAUAUGGCACGUUAUACAAGUUCAAAGGUAUCUGCAGCAGUCUCACAACCUCUAAAGAAUUGCAAUCAUGGGACAGUUUUGCAGUUCAAAAUUCAUUGCCUAACUCCAAGACCUAAGACCAGGGAUGAUGAAUCAAGAUACUCCAAUACGAGUGAGAAAGAUAUGGGCAGUAAGUCAAACGAAUCAGAUAAAUCAAGUGAUAGUAUUUUUGGACAUCAAGACAUUGGCACUUCCUCAUAUCCCAUGAAAUUAGAGAGGAAGGAAACAAGUCACUCGGCAUCUGGGUCAAAUCAUAGGUUUGACUCCGCUGAAGGUUCUAUAGCAAAGGAAAAUUCGUUCUCAAGGAGCGAGAAACAUAGUUCCCAGGGAAGACAAGUUGGAAGCAGCCUGGAGAGUAGUCCAUCACCUGAUAAUUAUUUUCUUGAUGAUCGUUCUCCAUCAAACCAGUCAUCUUUCAAUUCAAGGCUACAUAUAAGGGAAGAUUUACACAAUGUAACAGAAGCUUCCAGGUCAUCAUUUACUGAUGCUAAUACAUCAAAAGAUCUUCUUGUAGCUGCAGAAGACUCUAUUGAGGAACUACGUGCAGAAGCUAAAAUGUGGGAAAGAAAUGCCCGGAAGCUAAUGCUUGAUUUGGAUCUGUCAAGAAAGGAAUUCACGGAUCAGUCAAAAAAGCAGGCAGAAUUAGAAAUUAAGCUCUCGUCAUCAUAUGCAGAAUGUGAUAGCCUAAGAAGAGACAGAGAAGAAUUGAAACUACGGCUUGAGGAAUCCACAAUGAAACAGGCUACACAAGCACAUUCGACGACUAAACCUGAAAGCCUUAUUAAGAUUCAAAAGGAACUGGAGAAUGAGAUAAAAUAUCAGCAAGAAUCAAAUGCUAAUUUAGCUCAACAACUGAAAAGAAGUCAAGAAUCAAAUAUCGAGCUUGUUUCUCUUCUUCAAGAACUUGAGGAGACCAUAGAACAGCAGAAAGUCGAAAUAGAGAACCUUUCAUCUCUAAAAUUUGACUUUAAGGAGAUAGAAAGUUCCAUUGCAAGAAAUUCCCAGGAUAAUAAGAAUUUGCUGCUCCAGUUGCAACAACUUCAGGAAUCAGAGAAGACAUUGCAAGUCAAUGAGCAAUUGCUCGAGAAAGCAUUAAGAGACAAAACUGAUGAGAUGGAGAAUGAACGGAAUUCAAAUUCCCAUGAUCUAUUGCAUGUUGAAAAAGAGUACAAAUAUAUAUUAUCAGUUAAGGAAGAAGAAAUUGCCAGAUUAGAAGAAAAAUUAUCAAAUUUUAUUCCAAGAGGACACUGGGAGGAUGUGGAUCACAGCAAUGAAAAUUAUAAGAAUCUCAGUGGAGAAAUUGAAGCCUUGAAAGAAAAAGUUCAGGAACUGGAGAAGGAUUGUGCUGAACUCACUGAUGAAAAUCUCGACCUCGUAAUGAAGCUUAAGGAAUCAGAUAAAAAUAACAUCAGAAACUGUGGAUCCUAUAGUGAUGAGUCUGAGGUGAUUGAUCCUAAAUGUCAAAUUUCUCAACUGGAAGAUGAGCUUGAGAAGAAAGUGUCCGAGGAGGUGCAGCUUGCUGGUUUUGAAACUUCAAAACAUUUUACUGAUAUAAUGGUACAGCUUGAAAUGGUUCUUCACCAUCUGAACAAGCCAUGGUAUAACAUAUCAUCUGAUGAAAGUGAGAAGUGUGAUUAUUUUCUUCAGGAUCUUAUGAGUGCAAGAAAGGGAAACACAAUGACUACGAAAACAAGAGCCGAAUAUAUUGUUCGCUUUUUGCUCGAGUUGAAUAAGAUACUGGAACAAAGGAUCGAUAAGUAUGCGGAAAUUCUUAAACAUUGUGAAGUCGAGAUUGAACAGAGAAACACUGUUGUUGCAGAGACUGAAGAGAAGCUGGAAGACUGCAUCAUGAAACUUCAAAAACACGAGAAUUUAAAGGCGUCAGUUGAAGAGAGUUAUUCAAACUUGGUGGAGGAAUUGGCUCAGAAAAGUUCUGAGGUGGAGAAUUUAGAGGCUGAUUUGCUUUCAAAGGAAGAAAACACCAACUUUCUUUUGCAGCAACAGAGCAAAUUAGAAACUCAAGUUGCUGAUCUUCAACAGACAAAUAGCCAUCUGGAGGAAAAUUUGGAACUUGUGUUGAGGGAAAGAAAUAUCACCUCAGAGUGCUUGGAGAAUCUAAAAAAUGAUCUGAUAGUUCUCCAAAACACUGUGAGUUCCCAUGCUUCGGCUAACAAGAUGCUUGAAAGGAAAUUGGAAGAGCUGGAGUCAGAAAAACACGGAUUAGAGAAGAACUUAUUCAAGUUGGAAGAAGAAAAUUUGCAGUUACAAGAUUACAUAUUUGGUCUGGAAUCUCAAAUAAGUCACGUCAAAGAUGAGAAAGAAUCUUGUCAAUUGGAAUUGGAUAACUCAAAAUCUGUUGCAAUUAAUCUCCAAGAUGAGAUCCGAAACUUUAAAAUUGAAAUGGAUGCCUAUGUAUCUGAUCUCCAACAAAAAUGUGAAGAUCUACAAAAACACUCGUUAGAAGCUCAAGCGGAGUGCCAAAAUCUCAAAACAGAGAAUCAGAAAUUACAGGCGUCUGCUAUAACUCUUCAAGGAGAAAGCAUGAAACUUAAGAAUUCAAACUCAGAAUUGAACAGGGAAAAUUCAGAACUGCAGGAACAUUGUUCAGAAAUGGUGUCGCAAUUGAGGGAAUCAAAAAAAAGUCUGUCUGAUUGCUCCAAAAAGGUUGAAUCAUUAGAAGAUCAGCUCACUUCAAUUCUAGAAGAUUUUUCUGCGAGUGAAAAUAAAAAUCAAAAACAAAAAUUUGCUCUGGUGGAAAGUUUGAAGCAGACUUUCUUGGAGAAGAUAACUGAACUAGAGAGGCUUCAAAAAGAGGUAGAACAUCUAACCAGCGAAAUUUAUGAAGCUCAUAAGGAAAGGGAAAGAAUUUCUUUUGAAACGGAAGGUGAAAUUUCCAGUUUACUUGCUGACAAGGCCAAGCUAGAAUCUUCCCUUCAAGAAGCUCUGUUGGAAGCUGAAUUAAGUAAAAGUGAGCUUGAAGCGGUCCUGGCAGAAUCUCAGUUGAAGGUUAAAGGCUUCAAAGGCGAGCUAGCUGCUUCCCAGAGAAGCUAUGAAACACUGAUGGCUGAAAAUGAAAAGAUGUUGAAAUUGUUGGGAAGUAAUAGGAAAAGUGAAGAAAAACUCAAGACACAAAUGAAUGACCUUGAGCUGAAGCUUACCAUCUCUGACUAUGAACGCCAGCAACUUACUAAAGAACUGGCGAGUUUGAAGGUUCAGUUGGUGAAUAUACCAGAGCUUCAGGAUGAAGUCUCAGUCUUGAAAAGCAAGCUCGUAAAAUGCAAUUCUGCAAAGGGAAAACUAGAGCUGACUUUGCAGACUGUGUCCCGAGAUUAUGAAGAACUUGAGGCUGAAAAGGUUUCCUUAUUUGAAAAGGUUUCUAAAUUGCAGAAGGCUAUGUCAGAUUUUGAGGAAUGCAAAAUGGAGAAGAUAGCCUUAGAAGAAAAGCUUUUGCAAAAACAAAGUGCUUUGACUGAAAAUGAGAUCUUAUGUGCUGAGAAUGCAGACCUAAGAAAUGAAGUAAGAGAAUUAAAGAAGGCAAACAUACAGUUUCAGCAAAAGAUUUACCAACUCGAGGAGGAGAAAAAUGAAUGCUUGGGGAAAGCUCGAGCCCUUGAAGAAGAUCUAAAAUUGAUGGAGGAGGAGAUACAAACUCAGGGUGGAAAGGGCUAUACUGGUGUUGACGGUCAUGAUGAAAAUCCUAAUGCUAUCAGUAUGGAUCAUUUAGCAAAAAUACAGUGUCUUGAGAAUGAGCUUGCUGAGGCUCUGGAAACAAAUAAAAAGUACAAAAUUCAGCUUGAUAGGUUUAUGUCCAUGGGAUUUAACGACCAUGCAGUUACUUCCAAGCAAUCAACAGUUUCUGGCGAUGUAGUGACAAGACAAAGAUAUGAAAGAACAAAAUCAUCGCUCGAGACAGAGUUGAGAGACCUCCGGGAGCGUUAUCUCCACACGAGUCUCAAAUAUGCUGAAGUUGAGGCCCAGCGUGAGAAUCUUGUGAUGAAGCUGAAAGCAACCAAGGGUGGAAAGAGGUGGUUCUCAUGA